CGCGCGCCUAGCGCUGCAUAUGCUCUGCAUGUGAAACGAUAUCCGAGCUCCGAGGCCGAGCGACAUGGCUGAACGUUCUGGCGACGUGGUUUUCAGGGUUGAUCAGAGUGACAAUGACUCAGACCUGUGGGAUGAUUCUGCUCUGAUUAAAGCCUAUGAUAAAGCCAUUAGUUGUGUUAAGGGUAUGACUGAUGAUGGAAGUGAGAAGGACGGAAAAAACAAACCUAAGAAAAAGAGAGGAGGGAAGAAGAACAAGAAGAAGAAGAACUUUAUACCAGCACAAACGAGAUGGAAAGUUGGGGAUCGCUGUAAAUCUGUAUUCACAGAGGAUGACAUGGUGUACAGUGCCAUGGUAACGAGCAUCAACAAUAAGAAAUCGUCUUGCAUCGUUAGAUACUCUGGCUAUGGGAACGAGGAAGAGAAGAGGCUCUCUGAUCUUUUCACGGAAUCCGAGGCGGAGGCCUCUGUAAACUCAAAAGCAGAGCUUGAGAAUGGGUAUGAUUCCAUGGAGUGGACAGACCACAGUCAGAGCCCCCUGCACCCCAGUGGAAGUGGUGCUGGCCCCAGGAAACGUUCCCACCAUCCUUACCCACCACACCCGCCACAUGUUCCACCACCACAUCCAGCAAGCAUGCCUCAACCCCUUGGCUACCCAAAUCCCUAUGGGGGGACAUGGUAUCCACCCCAUCCAGGACCCCCACCUCCGAUGCCACCACCACCUCCGAUGAUGUCACCGUUGCCCUUUGCUCCAUGGGGAUCCCCUGCAACUACACAGAUGAUGCCUGGUUGGGGAGGAACUUCACCACAUCCUGCUUCUCAAACACCCCCACGGAUUCCUUCAAUGCCGCCCACACCACCUCCUCAUCCCCCUCUGCCGGAUGAUGUUGAAGAUAUGGACAAAGAGGCUCUGCAUUCUAUGUUGAUGUCUUGGUAUAUGAGUGGCUAUCAUACUGGUUAUUAUGAGGGUCUGAAGAAAUCAAAGAAAACCAGUGACAGUACUACCUCAAAGAUUAAGGAAGAUGAUACAACCCCAAGAAGAGCGGGGCAAGGAAGACAGUCUAGGGCAAAAGACGAGGUCAAGGAAGCAACUCCAUCUCAACCUGACGAGAAGUCUCAAGACAUCAGCCAGGAAUCAUGACAAUGAAAUGAAAUGGGGGUAUGAAGAGGAUGAAGUUGGUUUCCUCAAGUCAAGGUAGUAGGUAGGGGUAGCAUUUCUCUGCUUAUUAUUGUGAAAAGUGACAAGAAUUGUUUGAAUUGGUUUAUAUGUGAGAAGAAGAUGGAGUAGGGAAUAGAAAUCCCUCAGACAUUGGUUUUUGUUCCAUGUUAUUAAAGUGAAGUGCAUGUAUUGAUUUGAUGAGGAAAGUUAAGGCAAGUCUUUCACACAGGGAAGCCGCGUUUGGCUUUUCAUGACCAGUGCUCACAUUUUAUCAGAGACAAAUUAAUUGAGAAUGCAGGAAACCCACUAUGCAUAGACGCCUUUGUGGUGGAAUUCCUACUUAAAAACUCUACUCAGUCCUUUGACUAGUGGCAUAGGUUAUCUGAAAAGGAUUUGAGAAAUGAAGAUAUGAUUGUGAACAGAAAUCACUGUGAAACCAUGUUUGUUCCAUGUUAAGUAGAGUAUUGACUUGCAGAGGAGCAUUAUCUUGCAUGAUGUUGGAGUUGUAAGGUUGAUGAAAGGAUGAUGUCAUAGAACUGCCUUCGAAUAGUCUGAAUAAUCCGCCACAAAUUUGUUUAGUGGCUGGUUAAAAAGUGAGCUUAAUAAAUGACUUUUAUUUGAUCAUAGCCCAUAUUUUCAAGCGACGGAUAUGAGCCGAGGAUGUGACUCCAAUCUGCCGCAUUUCUCAUAUGUGAGACCAAAGUCGGAUUGAAAUAAAUUAAUGAAUAUUAUUUUCUGAGAUUUGAUACUUCAAACAUAAAAGUGGUCAAACAAGCCAUAAAAAUCAAACAAAUUGACUCAAUUUGUUUUGAUGUGAAUAAAAAGGGAAGAAUGUUGACCCGACCGCUCUCUGACAACAUAGUUCCUGAUCAGAAGCCGAGCCGAGGAUGUGACUCCAAUCUGCCGCAUUUCUCAUAUGUGAGACCAAAGUCGGAUUGAAAUAAAUUAAUGAAUAUUAUUUUCUGAGAUUUGAUACUUCAAACAUAAAAGUGGUCAAACAAGCCAUAAAAAUUAAACAAAUUGACUCAAUUUGUUUUGAUGUGAAUAAAAAGGGAAGAAUGUUGACCCGACCGCUCUCUGACAACAUAGUUCCUGAUCAGAAGAUGAUUAGGAAUUUCUAGGUAUUCCAUAUAACAGUAUUUUUGUGCCAGUUGACUUUAAUAGCACCAGCAUUACAAGAGGUUUUCAGAAUGUUACUGUACAUUAGUUUUCUGGCACAUUUCCUGAAUGAUGACAUGUAUAUUUGUUAUUUCAUUCAACCCCUACUUUUUUCAGAGAUGGAACAGCAAUAAAAAAUAAAAGGUGGCAAUGCAUUUGAUAAUGAUUAAGAAAUGGUAUUUGAUUUCACUAUUGAAUGAGAACUUAUCUUUAUGUUUAAAUGGUCAUUCAAAGGAAUAUCCAGUGAUUCAAUGAUGAAAAAUCAAUAAGGUUUUCAUAUACACUGUAUUGAGAUAAUACCCAAGCAAGGGAUAUACUUUAAAUAAUGUUCAUUAUCCAAGGAACCAAAUUACAAUCAACGAGGCUUGACAUCUUGGUUUCUAAUCCCAGUGACCCAAGAACAACCAUAUUAAUGUGCUAUAUUAAUACUUAUUAUUGUGUGCCUUGUAGAAUUCUAAAGGAGGAUCUCCCUGAGUCCCUUCUCUCAAUCACCCCAUUCUUUCUCUCCCCCUCUCCCCAUCCAAGUCCUGUCUCCCUUCGCCCCCAUCUCUCUCCCUCCCCUUCUCCACUCUUUUUCUACAUCUCUUUCCAAUUCCCCCCCCCCCCACUCUCUAUCUAUCACUCUCUAUUUUAUAGUUGGUCUUUUCAACUAUCAGAAAAAACACGGUUAUGAACACUGUCUCAAUUUAAUUAUGGCUUUUAUGUGUUUUGCCUGACCAAACAAUUACAACAACUUAUUGAUGGACUAUAUUUAAAUCAAAUAAUGAAAAUAUUUUUCCCGGGCAUGUUGAUCAUUCAUUUUGAUAAUCCUAACUCUUUAAAUUCAUGAAUUGAUUUUUACAAUAAAUGACUUAUAAGCAAGUGAAUUAUAAGAAGAAUAAAUAUGUACUGCUAUAAAACAAUAUGAGUUUUUCUUUAAGCUGGUUUCCGCCUGAACCAUUUAAAAACAAAAUUCCUUAGCCUUGGCUGUUUUUAUCAUGAGUUUUGUCUGAUUUUUAUCUUAAAUGAAUAUGGAGAUGAUGAAAGAUACGCAGAUGAGAGUAGAAAAAUAAGAUAUGAUAGAUUUUUGGAGAGAAGGUGAUAAGAGAGAACAAGAAGAAAAAAAAUAAUAAUGGCCUAACAGGUCUCUUUUAAAAAUGUCACCACUCUUGAGUGUCUCAAUUGUUUUAUCUAAUGUCCAGAGCAAUGUUCAUUGCUGUUGAGCAUCAGAUGAAAUAGUCUCUUGAGGAUGUAACUGCUAAUGGUGUCCAUACAAUAAAAUGGAAGAAAAGGAGAAAUGUUGCCCGUCACAAAAGAAUGUUGGACACUUUUAAAAGUGCAUGAAGAGAUAUUCAUUUUCUGCCUCAUAGGAGUGAAUUAGAAAAAAAUAUUUUCAGUAUGGAAGUUGUCAAGUACCAUUCAUAACAAUAAAGCUACAUUCAUUAGAAGCACAAGAUGAGAAUAGUAGAGAUUCUGCCACUUCUCUUGCUGGACACCCACAAUUUAGAGAAUACUGACCUGUAAGAAAUAUUUUAGUAUUACAUGUCCUAAUGCUCUGGCAGACCCCUUGAAAUAUUGAACAGUAUAGGCCUGAUUUAAAAACAAAACAUUUUCAAUUAUACAACGCUCUUCCAUGCAUUAAAAAUCUAUAUUCAACAUAUAAAGUGUCAAGAAAAUUCAUAGUUAUUAGAAUAUUAAGUAAGC